UAAUAUAGUUUAUUAAUUUCAUUUGAUAUGUUGAAGUUUGUGAUUUUAUUGUCGGCCAUAGCUUGUGCUUUGGGUGCUGCCGUUCCCGAGGGUAUGCUUCCCCAAUUGGAUGGACGCAUUGUUGGCGGUGAAGCUACCACCAUCAGCAACUUUCCCUGGCAAAUCUCUCUGCAACGUUCCGGUUCUCACUCUUGCGGUGGUUCCAUCUACAGUUCUAACAUCAUUGUGACUGCUGCUCACUGCUUGCAAUCUGUCUCUACCUCUGUUUUGAAGGUUCGCGCUGGAUCCUCCUACUGGAACUCUGGUGGUGUUGUUGUCAGUGUUGCCGCUUUCAAGAACCACGAAGGCUACAGCUCACGCACCAUGGUCAACGAUAUUGCUGUCAUCCGUUUAGCCUCUUCCUUGACUAUGUCCUCCUCCAUCAAACCCAUUAGCUUGGCUACUGUUGCUCCUCCUACUGGUGCUGCUGCUGUAGUUUCUGGUUGGGGUACCACCUCUUCUGGCGGCUAUGGUAUUCCCUCUCAAUUGAGAUACGUCGAGGUUCAAAUGCUCAGUACCUCUGCCUGUGCUUCCUCCACUUACGGCUAUGGCUCUGAAAUCAAACCCACUAUGAUCUGUGCCUACACUGUCGGUAAAGAUGCUUGCCAAGGUGAUUCUGGUGGCCCAUUGGUCUCUGGUGGUCUUUUGGUUGGUGUUGUCUCUUGGGGCUAUGGUUGCGCUUUCACCAACUAUCCUGGUGUUUAUGCUGAUGUUGCCGUUCUCCGCAGCUGGGUUGUAAAGACUGCUUCAACUAUCUAAAUGUUUUUUCGAGAUUAAUAAACAAUUUAUUACGAACUCCUAA